AAUGUUGACACGCUUGAGUGCAUGUAAAAGGGCAUGCUGACUUAUCGCAAUGAAACCGUGCACAUCUCUACAUGCACACGUAUUCGCAAGGACUACUUGUCCCCGAUUUUGAACAGUGGUGGCUGUUUUUCUGAGUGAAAACCAUCGUAGUCAAUCAGCUUUCGUAAUGGCGACAAGUCUUGACUGCAUUUGGUCGGGAUACUAUGGAUGCAAGACAUUCACCGAAAAGGCAAACAUGGAGUCGUGACCAGAAUUUAAUUAACGACAACUACAGGUUGAAUGCCUGUUUCUCAAGGACGCUGGACUCAAUUCUUGCUUUGUGCUUCUAGGGAGCAAAAUGGCGUCCUGUGUUCGCCAAAGGUUCUUCGGCUGGUUCGUAUUCCUCUGUGGUUUCUUCGUCAUUGUCCAGGUGAUGUUACUCCUCAACCAACAGAAAUGCAACAGUCCCGACGAACAAACAAACCUGGACGCCCGUGCUCUCAAUUCGGCAGCGGGAGACAAGAAGAACAAUAUCAAGAGGAACGACAAAAAGACAUCUCACCGUGACAAACGCCGAGAGACCGCCACCAAGUUUCCGGUCAAGUCCACCCCCUCGGACAAUAAUUAUUUGUCUCCGUUUCACCGGCGAUGGGAAGCCAACUGCUCGGCCAUAUUCGCAGGAGACACGGAUGUAGUUCAGGCGACUUAUCGCAUGCUUAAAAAGGAGCGACACAGUCACAAUGGCUCGAUUGUCGUGCCUGAGGAUCGUGAGGUACGGACCUGGACACACGACUGUGACUCGUUCAGGAGCCUGAGGCGCUAUCCAACUCACCCGGUUUCGGAGGAAGAGGACAGUUACCCAGUUGCAUACAUCAUCGCUGUUCACAAAGAGGCUGCCCAGGUUGAGCGCCUGCUGAGGGCAAUAUACCAACCUCAGAACCUCUACUGCAUCCACCCUGACGCCAAGUCUCCGGAGGACUUUCAGCGGGCAAUCAAAGGUCUUGCGGACUGCUUCGAGAAUGUUUUCAUCUCAUCCAAGAUUGAAGAUGUGCAAUAUGCGGGCUUUACCAGACUUCUGGCCGACAUUAAUUGUAUGAAGGACCUAGUUGGCCCGAGGGGUGACGUGUAUCGGUGGAAAUACGUCAUGAACUUGUGUGGGCAGGAUUUCCCACUGAAAACCAAUUUAGAAAUUGUGCGACAGCUCAGGGCCUACAAAGGUCACAACGAUAUAACAGGUGUUCUACCACCAUCUCACAUAAUUGGUAGAACCCGUUACAAACACGUCAUCAGAGACAAGCAAGUCAAAAGGACUCACAGGCCCAAAACACCCCCACCUCAUAACUUGCGAAUCCACUUUGGGAACGCCUACUACGCAGCCACCAGGCGCUUUGUUGAGUACAUACUGACCAGUCCGAAGGCUACUGACCUCCUUAGGUGGUCGAACGACACCUUUAGCCCGGAUGAACACUACUGGGCGACGCUGCAGCGCGCGCCAGGCACACCGGGCGGGUACCCAGACCCGACAUGGGACGAGAACGUAAGGUUCAUGAAAUGGGGUGACAUUACCAAGCACCCAUCGUGUAAAGGCAUCUACGUGCGAGGCCUGUGUGUGUUUGGCGUGGCCUACCUGGAGUAUCUCGCCACGCAGCCGCACCUGUUUGCCAAUAAGUUCUACUACAGCUUCGAUCCGAUUGCCAUACAGUGCAUCGAGGAGGCGCUCCUCAACAGAACUCGGAACCCUGCCUUGUCGGAUAGGCUUCCUAAUUUCCCAGUCACGAAUCUCCUUUGGCAAAGCCAUACAGCUUUACCGUAACACUGUAAAUUGUUUCCCCCCCCCCCCCCUUCGGCAAAAUUAAACAAACCAAUAUUUUGAAAUUAACUUUAUAGGUACAUUUGUACCGGCGUUUCUGUAACUGAGCUAUCAAACAUUUGGUACGAAAAACCGCAUUUGGGGCUUGCAACAUAAGCUGUGUUGCGAGCUCGGUACAUUGGAUCACUGAUAGAGUGCAGCCUAUAAGGUAGAUCUAUAGAUACCGCAACUGUUUAUGCACCAGCACCGUAUUCCGGAGGUCGUGGGUUCCAAUCCCACCCACGAAUGUCUCACAACGUAUAUUAAAACGACCUUCAACUCGAGUGUAAGAUCGAAGAGGCCAAAGUGAAUGCAAUAAAGAGGAUGAAGAGAAUAAUUAACCACUUCUGAACGACUACACAAGUUCAAGUUUGGAGCGAAGCCUUAUUUUGUCAAAAUAUAGUUGAAAUGGGAAACUUUCAAUUUUUAUUUGUUUAUCGAUUUUUAGCCAUGCAGUCUCGUACAAGAUGUGCUUUUCACAGUUUUAUUUAACUAUUUUUUUUUUAAACAAAUUUAAACUAUACAUGUUUCCUAGUAGUAUUUUAUUUCAGCUGGCAUGGUUGGACUUAGAAUAAUUUUUGUACACGUACCAAGGUAUUUAUAAAAGUAGUUGUUUUAUUUUGUAAUAUUUUUAGUUCAUUAACCAUUGAGGUCCAUUAAUCUUCCCGAAACCAUUAUAUUUAUCAGAAAGCCUUUAGUUGUACACUGCAGUAAUCGUUGGGAUGAAUAAAACUGUAUUGUCUUCAUAA